GUUGAAGGCUCAGAAACAAAAACAGUCCAAAGCUAUAGGAAUUGAGCGGAGAGGGCAGCGAUUCGUACCCGGCCAGCUCUGUGAGGGCAGCAUAUAAUAUCCCAUCAAUGCAGCAAUAAGCGGUGCCGGGAGGCGAUGUGCCCAGCACUGUACAUUAUCUGAACCCGUUAUACCUGGCUAUUGGGUCACCAUGGCACUGGAGUGAGAGCACCCACAGCCUGGCAGCAGCAGCCCCUAUGUACAGACACUAAGGAACAAAACAGUUUUCAAGAUGAAGGAUUUGGUAGCCAUGGAUAACACCAGUAAUGAGGCCUUCAAGCUUCUGAAACAACUGAAUGUCUAUCUGGAGCAAGAAUAUAAGUACCAGCCUAAGGAGAAGGGCUUGAUUCUCAUAGAAUCCACAGCAGAGAAUGACCAUACUAUCUGUCCAAGAUUGAGAAAUGGGAAGGUUGAAGAUCUCUGGAGUCUAACAAACUUUUUUGCCCUUAGUAUGGAAACCUUUGUACUGUCUGUAAACAUACUGGACCGUUUCUUGGCAAUAAUGAAGGUGAAACCUAAGCACUUGUCCUGCAUUGGGGUCUGCUGCUUUCUGCUGGCUGCUCAGGUUGUUGAAGAAGAAUGCAAUAUUCCAUCCGUCCAUGAUAUCAUUCGUAUCAGCCAAUGUAAAUGCACUGUGUCAGACUUGAAACGAAUGGAGAAGAUAAUCUCUGAAAAACUGCACUUUGAAUUUCAAGCUACCACUGCCUUAACGUUUUUGCACUUGUACCACACAAUAGUCCUGUGCCAUUCCUCUGAGAGGAAAGAACUAUUGAAUCUUGAGAAAUUGGAAGCUCAGCUAAAAGCCUGCAACUGCCGACUUAUUUUUUCCAAAGCAAAGCCCUCAGUAUUAGCCCUGUGCCUUUUGACUAUUGAAGUGGAAACCUUAAAGUCACUGGAACUGUUUGAAAUUGCUCUGCGUGUCCAAAAACACUCAAAGGUUAAUGAUGCUGAUAUGUUGUACUGGAGGGAGCUGGUAUCUAAAUGCCUGGCAGAUUAUUCAUCUCCUGAAUGCUGCAAGCCUGAUCAUAAGAAACUUGUGUGGAUUGUGUCCAGACGCACUGCUCAGAACCUUCACAACAGUUACUAUAGUGUUCCGGAACUGCCUACUAUUCCUGAGUGUGGCUGCAUGAAUGAGAGUGAGAGUGAGGACUCGUGUGAAGAUAUGAGUAGCAGUGAAGAUUCACUAGGCACAUCGCCUCCCAGUGAUCUUGAGGCAUCUUUCUUCUUUGAUCACAAGCCAAAACUGAAGCGUCGCACACGUCACCUUUACCCUUUGUAACAAAGGGUGGAAAAUAAUUGUAUGCAUGCCAAGUAGUCUUAAUUUUGUGUGUGUAUUGUAUGAAGAUGUGGAAGAAAUGGUAGCUGCGUAGCUCACUUUUCAAACCUUUUAACUCUUACGGUUUGCCAAUGGGUUUUUUAAAUCUAAACAAAGUUUAAAUACUGUUGCAAAUAUAUUGCUAUGUUUUUUUUUUUGUUUGUUUGUUUUAAAUUCAAAAAAGCAGUUUUCUUACAAAAGGUUAACUUAUUUCAUCUGUUGGGCUAUGCACUUUUUUUUUGGAAAUGUAAAACUACUCGCUAGUUAUGUGGCUUUUUUGAAAUUUAUUUAAAAAAAAUACUUUUAGCAGUUUAAAUGAAAAAAAGUUAUUUUAUUAUACAAAAGUUCCCAUUUGUUUGGCUGCCUCUUCCUCAUAUUCAAGAUGGAUGCUUUUGUUGAAUUUGCAGUACUGUUUAAAGUUAUCAUUAGCUACAUUCCUUUCUAAGAAGUUUAAUGUUUAAACUCUUAUAAUGAACAAAAAAAAAAAAUCUUCAUAUGCAUGGCUAUUAUGUUAAACAACCUUGAAUUUGUAAGUACCAAGUAAAGAUAAUGUGAUGAUUGCCUACCUUGGUGGUAUAUUUUGCUGUGGAGUCUAAUGGUGUUUUUUGGAAACACCUAAACAAAGCAGACGUUACCAAAGUGCUGCAUUUUAGAAGCUAAAGGACAUAUCAGCAAAUACUCAGUUAAUGCCUAUUUACACUAAUAAGUUCUUACUGUGCAAUUUUUCUAACCUUUUUUUUCCUUUAUAUGAAAAAGCACAAUGGAAAAUCUGUAUACAGAUAUGACAAACUUCCGGUUUAAUUGCCAAACUAGGUGGAUACAUAUGCAUAGCUUUCUCACUCAGUCCUAUUCUAGGGAGGAUAAUAGUAGCUAGAGAAACUACUGCUUCUUAGUCUGGUGUGUUACCAGUCCUUCCAGUGUUCUAGACAGAUGACGACUAACUUGGCAUUCCAGAGGUUUGUGAAUAUAUUUCAAUGGAUGUUCAACAAACCUAAAGGGUUGCUAUAAGGGUAUAAUAUGAUCUAUAAUCUGGUCAUCUUUGGGUGGGGGGCAUGGCUGGCCAUCCAUGUUACAGUUAAUUAGCACGUUUUUAUAUAGGCUUGCUUGUCUUUUUACAAGUGACUGGAGACCCUUCCAAAUUGUCUAUCCAUGUGCAAUAUAUCACAAACCCCUUUUACACUCAAGGGCUUAGAAAGCAAACUCAAAAACAGCAUUGUUUUUAAUUGUUGCAAGAUGUGGCCUUGUGAAAAUGCUUUAAUUUCUAAGUAUUUUUGGUACCAACUGUGAUUAGUGAACACAUUAAACAGAAACAAAUGUGACUAACCUAGAGGUGCUUGUAAUAUAGAUGUGGUGCUGUAAGUAUUAUUGUUUGUACAGUUUUGUUGGAUAAAAAGAAAAUGUACAGAAAAAAAUGUAAAUUACAAAAAAUGUACAGAAAAAUGUAUAAAACCAAAAUGCAGAGAAAAAAAAAUGUAUUUUUUUUACAUGUAUGUAGUGUUUUUGUUAAAUGUCAUGUAGAUAUUAAUUUAUUCCAUUUGGAUUCUAUUGCAUAUCAGGCUGUUGGGUGCCUUUCUACAACAGUCUUAACCAAUUAAAUAUUUUAUUUGGAAA